UUCGUUCAUCAUCCACCAGAUUUCAGAUUAGCAUGGCGACUGCUGUUUGCGGUCUGCAGUCUACCGGCAGUAGCAGUAAACCGGCCAACACUUCGCGAGAGCACCGCAGGAGAGCUAAGGACUCCAGGAGGAGACAAGCGGCACUUUUCUUUCUUAAUAAUAUUUCUCUCGACGGACGGCCUCCGGGUCAUCUCAGCGAUGGAAACGCCGACCAGAAAGCCGCCGACCAGCAGCGACUGCGAGACAGAGUCGGCGGCGGCCCACCGCUGGUUUCCCCGCCGCCGGCGGAUUUCCAGGGCUCGGUCUCCCAGGCGGCGGAUGCCGGUCUGCUUUCUACAAGCUCUUCAGCAAGUUUCUCGGGGUACGGUGGACUCAUCGACAUCCGACCUUCUUGGGUCAUGUCACCGGGAGCUACGGGGACCAACGAGGUGUUUAUGGAGACCGGCAGCACGGCGGAGACGUUAGCCCCGGACACCCCCGUGUCUCCUGCUCCCAGCGGACACCAGUCCUGGUCCCGUGUCAGGUCACCGACCGCACUCAGCCCGCUACAGUCGGGUAACAGUGCAGAUACACGGCAGAGGUUGAGGAAUGUCUCUGGUUCUCCUGGACACAAGGUGCCAAAAAAAGUUCACUUCAUCAAGAGUAUGAGACAAUAUGACACAAGGGGAUGCAGGAUCACACUGGUUUGUGCCAAGCGGUCGCUAUGUGCUGCUUUCUCAGUGCUGCCCUAUGGAGAGAGUACGCACCUCAGUGAUCCGAAACUGGAGGCUCAACGGCAAAGACUGUCCUCUGUGGUUACGGCUGACCUGCUGCCAUCUCUGGAAGGUGUGGAGCUGGGCGCUUAUGGCAAGACCGUGUCAUAUGCACAGUUUCUGUAUCCCACCAACGCCUUGGUGAGACAGAAGAGCAUACAGGAAACCUGCGUGGCUCCAACCCCUCAGUCACGUUACCGUGGCAAUGGACAGAAGAAUUUCAUCCCCUCUCGUCUCAACAACACUGUGGCGCAAGACCCAUAUAUGGAGGAAGUGGCAGAGUAUGACCCAAACCUGCUCAGUGAUCCUCACUGGCCCUGCGGCAGACACAAGAGGGUGCUCAUAUUUGCAUCAUACGUGACGACUGUGAUCGAGUACGUGAAACCGUCUGACCUGAAGAAGGACAUGAACGAGAUGUUUAAGGAGAAGUUUCCUCACAUCAAACUGACCUUCAGCAAGAUAAGAAGUCUGAAGAGGGAAAUGCGCGCCGUCAGCGAGGAGUGCAGCCUGCAGCCGGUCACUAUAGCAAUGGCUUUUGUUUACUUUGAGAAGCUCGUGCUGCAGGGUCGCCUCAACAAGCAGAACAGGAAGCUGGUGGCGGCAGCCUGCGUGCUGCUGGCUGCUAAGAUCAGCAGUGAUCUGCGGAAACCAGACGUCAGACAGCUGAUUGACAAGCUGGAAGAGCGUUUUCGUAUAAACAGGCGUGAGUUGAUUCCUUUGGAGUUUGCCGUGUUGGUCGCCUUGGAGAUGGGACUUUACCUCCCUGAGAGCAAGGUGAUGCCACACUACCGGAGACUGGUACAGCAGGGUUAACCUGGUUUCAGUGAUGCCCACUUUAUUAAAAAAAAAAAAAAAGUCUGUGUGUGGCGGGUCAACGUGUUCAUAAGCUGUGGCGUUUGAAAGUAAAAGAUUCUAUUUAUUUCCCAUCAGUCAUGACUUGGGGUUACUAAAUGUACGAAUAUUUAGUUGACAAUCUGCACGUUAACUUGAUGGUGUCUUCCUGAAUGUGUGGCAUUGUGAUGUCAAUUCUUGAGCUCUACGUUAGAGUUGUUCACUGAGCACAUUAGUUGUGCUUUUAUUUUAGUGUUUGGUGUUUUGAUAUUUUGGCAGAUGAGCGUAGCAUUGUUUACUCAAAUGUAAAAAAAAAAAAAAAAAAAAAAAAAAUCCAGAUAUGUUUGCUAGUGGAAGACUCCUCACUGCACCUUCACCGUUACUGUACGGUCUGUAUUGUGUUUUAUUACAAGUCGUCUUUGAAUUACAAAAAAAAAAAGAACCACACACAUACUCUUGAAUUUGUAAAUGCUUUCUGAUGCCACUGUGAAAUUGCUUUAUAAAGAUGUUAUAAUGAAACAAGUGCAGAAGGGAUAUAUUUGUCUUAUCUAAGGGCCGGUGUGUUUGUACUUGAAGAUGUUCUGUUUGUCCUUCAGUGGUACAGUACAUUCUUAUUUUAAGAAAGUAUUUGCUGUUGUAAAUCUUGCUGUGUGAAAUUCACACUGACUGUAUUUGUUACAUUUAGCAUAGCGAUAAAUCACAUCUGUCAGUGUUAAAUCAACAAUUGGUGUUAAAUUGUUAAACAGCUAGUUUACACUGUGCUGGAGUUGGUGUAGCAUAGUUUUGAAAAGGACCAAAUUUGCUUGCUGCAGUCUGAAUUUACCAGCAAAAUGUACUGUGUACUAAUACUGCACUCUACUGUAUAACCCAACCUCAGACAUGAAGUAUGUACACUGUAACAACUGUGGAGAAGACGAGAACAUAGAAAUGCAAUUUUGGAGUUUGGUAACGUGUGUGUUGUAUCCAAGUACCCAGGGAUAUGUUUUCUAUGUUGUACUUCAAAAUGCACAGGAUUCAUUCCUUAAUACACUGGUUUAGUUGUCACAUUUUCAGUUCUCAGGAACUGUUCUGAGUAGUUAAUUAAUUCUAUUCCAAAGAAGCGUUAAAGGCACUUGUGCUUUGUUUGUGGAAGGUUACCAAGUCCAACCCUUCAAACCUUUUAGUGGGGGGGUGGAUGUAGGAGUUACUUCUCUAAGUACCCAGCGUUAUAAUGACUGGUGUACAUACUGACAGUAACUCAUUAGUUUUGGAUGCCUACUGGCAUACAAAUGUGGGGAAAAAAAAGUGCCUGAAUCUACAGUAGCGGUGAAAGCGUUACAAUCUUAUUGUAACUAUAUUUAGUGUUGACGUUUCAGUCUUGCUGCUGUAGAGAUUCUUAAAUAUUGAGGUGUGGGAAAGAAUUACGUUUAGAGUCGUAGAAGUUGCAGGGAAUUGAUUUGUCUGCUGUGGUGAUAACUGUUAAAUGUUUUCAUAAUGCAAAAAUCAAUGUCUUAUUUUUAAUAUUUUCCAACACUGAGUCGUGACUUAUCUUUUCUAAGUCAGUUGUGCAUGUAGGUAUUUUGUCUUUAUUCCUGUGCAGGUGUUAAACGUGUGAAUAAGUUUCCUGCAGAGAAAGCUGGAAAAAUAAAUGCACAACACAAGUG